AUGCUUGUACUUAUAAUUAACACUAUUAUUUACCACAACAAAAAGAAAUUCUUUGGUACGGUUCGACAAGCAGCUGGAAGCAAUGAGCACACCACCUGUCCUACUUUUCUUGAGCUAUAUAGAUUGCUCUCUGUAUAUAGUGCAUUAAAACCACCUGCUCACGGAAAUUGCACCGUUACUGAAGAAAAAUUUGAAUUCGUAAUAACCGUUGCUGACAUUAAAAACCUUUACAAGAAAACUGAGUCUAAAAGUACGAAAACUUUACGGGUUUUGAAAUCAAUACUAGACAAAAUUAUGCUAGAAAAAGAUUGGGAAGUCGAACAAGUUAUCGAACACGAUGCUUCUCUAUCUCCCAUUUUAGACUGCAUUAUUUAUUAUGUUACAGGUUAUCUUUGUAAGCAAAUUUUAAAAAGAGACAAUAUAAUGAAUGUGCUGUGUGUACCGAUGCACUUACGAAGUACAAUAAUUACAAUUCAGUAGCACAACUAGUUGACAUGAAAACAAAAGGAGGAUUGAUUCAUCCAAAUGUACACUUCUUCAAGUUGAUUCAUUUCGUUGAAGAAUGCUUUGCGACACACGCCUUGAGCAUUGAUGUGUUUGAUCUCACACUUGAUGAAGUUUUGGAGAAUUAUUCAUUUA